AUUUGAUUAGGUGUAGGUGUCAUUCUCACGCCCAGUUCUUCACUUUUUCCACUACUCACAAAAAACAGACACAUUCUUCCUCGUCGUUUAGGACUUUUCACAGACACUUACCCUCCAAUUUCAGUUUCCGUUCUUCCUUCUUUAAAUUCCCUUUCACUUUGAUUCCUAUUCCUUCCUUCAAACCUCUCUAACUACUUUUUCGUAACCUUCGCCUCUCUUCAACUUCAACCUCUCUCUCGUUCUUGCGUCGAUGAGUUUCACGAUGGAUUCGGUUUCGGUGUUGAACCCUAAACUCGCUCGCACCCAUUUCUCUCUUCCAUUCAACAGGUUUUCCCAUUGCGUUAAGUUCGACCCUUUGCUCAAACCUCGCGCUUUCGCACUUUCCGUCAACGCCGUUUCCCCCAACUCCUGCUUUCUCACCCUCCACCGACGCCCGUUAACCGUCGCUUUUGCUGCUUCGCACCAAGGCUCGGAGCAUGAAGAAAUUGAAGUGGAGAAGGGGCAUGAUGAGGGGGUCCACGCUGGCGCUGAAGAGUCACAAGAAGCAUGGAAGCAGGUUAUGGAUACGUGCAGGGAACAAGCAUUGAGAUUUCAAGGUGUUUCUCAAGAAGCGUAUGAAUUGUAUUCUAAGAAGGCCAUUGUCAUUCUGAAGGAUACUACAGAACAGUUGAAGGUGCUGGCCGAUAAGACGGGGAAUGAAUUGAGUGUGGCAGCGAAGGAAAUCACUGAUGAAGGCAAAGAGUAUUUAUCCGCAGCUGCACAGAAUUCGCCUGAGGUGAAGGACAUUGUGGAGACAUUCACCUCUCCACCGGAUGAUCUCCACAAAAUAUCUGGAGUUCGUGACUUCUAUGUUGGUGUACCUUAUGGUUUGAUACUUUCUCUUGGUGGCUUUCUUACCUUUAUGGUAACAGGAAGUCUUGCAGCCAUAAGGUUUGGUGUAAUUUUAGGUGGUGUCCUCUUGGCUUUAAGCAUUUCAAGUCUGAGAUCAUACAAAAGAGGACACCCCUCUCCUCUAGCUUUGAAGGGCCAAGCUGCCAUAGCAACUAUAUUGUUUCUGCGGGAGAUAAGAUCACUAGGCAAAGGAUCAACUUAUUUCACUGCCUUGAUCAGUACUGCAGUAGUGGCAUUUUAUGUCUAUAGAAUAUUACUGGAACGUAAUCAACAGAAGGGCUCAAACUUGGAAAGUGAACCAGAAAACUAGUUCCACGAUAAGUUUUUCACGGGCUGGGUCAUCAUAGACUAAAGACUCCCUGCUGAGGGUUUUGGUUCCAUGCCUGGAAAAAUGAAGCUCGGAAAAUCUGGAUAAAAUUUCAUGUGUACUUUCAUGUUUAGUUGUGGUUUAUUUGGAAAAUUACAAAUAUCAUGUUAUGAGUAACCUCUCUGAGGUGGGAUAUUACUAAAAUCUAGAUAUAUUUUAGUUUUUUUUGGGGCCCCUCUGUGUUUGUCAAUUUCUCCUCGAUCUUUGUGUGGCUUGGGGAGAGUAACCUUGACCAUGCACUUUAGAAACAUCAAAAUAAGUACCUAGCUCCUUGUGUUUUUCUCCCCGCAAGAAGGGAAAUUUUAAAACGUAAAGGUUAACUUAAGCGUGGGAUUGUAAACUAAUUUGAUUAAAACGCUUUUUUAUUAAUGUUUCUUCUGUACCAAACUGGAAGGAUGAGAACAAAUGCAGCUGACGUAAGUUCCCU